AUGAGUUCGAUGAACAGUUUCGAAGAGAAUAACAUAUUGUUCGAAUUUUGUGAACGUCAACUGGACCUGUUGGAGGAAGAUCUCCAAAGACUGCUCAACACCCCACGUUUGUUCACAAAAAGGGAAGUGGCAGCUUAUACCCGGGUCCUGGAAACACUCUACAUGCUGGGCGCAGUCGCCGCAUCAGAACACGCCGAGACUCGAGAUACUGAAAUUCUGACACCGUUUACGGCUACGAGUCGGCGCAGUGUGUCUGAUAACGCUAUCAGCGUCUUAUACCAAAAUGUGAGAGGAUUGCGCACAAAAGUAGAUGAAUUCUUUGUUGCGGUAUCUGAUGCCCAAUACGACGUCAUAGUGCUGACCGACACUUGGCUCAAUGAAUGCUUUCACUCCGUGCAACUGUUUGGUGAUGCUUACAACGUGUACCGUUGCGAUCGGAAUCCACACAGCACAAAUAAGAAAAGAGGCGGUGGUGUUUUGAUAGCAGUUACGAAUCGAUUAAACUCGCAAAUAUCUCCUGUACGAAUAUCUGAUAUAGUGGAGCAGCUAUGGGUUAAAAUUGUCGGCUUAUACAGAACUAUUAGUCUUGGUGUUGUUUAUAUCAGCUCUGAUUGCGCUUCGAAUGUGAUUUCAAUCGAUGCACACAUAGAAUCUGCACUAAGACAAUCGAACUCUUUGCAGCCUAACGAUAUGCACGUUGUUUUUGGAGAUUAUAAUCAACCUAACUUGUCCUGGAUAAGUUGCUCGAAUGGAUAUGCGUUUCCCGAUCCCAACACAUCAGCUUUUUCUGGAGCCAGUUCAGCACUCGUCGAUGGAUUUGCUCUAUUGGGCAUUAGACAAAUGAGUACAAUAGUGAACAACAGAAAUCACACGUUGGAUCCAGUAUUUGUCAAUGAUGUAGCUAAAGAUGCGUGUACCCUAUCUGAGGCCCAUGAGCCAAUUAUCGAAGCCGAUCUGUUUCAUCCUCCGCUGCUGCUCACUUUGUGCAUCUCGUUGCCUACGUCGUAUGAGUCCUGCAGCGUUAGUAACGAAUUCAAUUUCGGACACGCUGACUUUGUUGGAGUAAACCAAUCACUGCUUGAAACGGAUUGGUCUGUACUCGACGAUUUUGGAAACGUUGACUUAGCGGCUGACUUCUUCAGUGACACGCUUAGGCAAUUUUUUCGACAUCACGUACCAACUUUUGGUCCACGCAUGAAUCCACCUUGGUCUAAUGCUAGACUACGAUUUUUGAAGCGCAAAAGAUCUGCGGCUCUGAAAAAGUAUACUUACAGGCGUAAUCCCACGACAAAGCAACAUUUUUUCCAGAUAAGUAAUGAGUAUAGAGCUUAUAAUCAAUUUCGGUAUUCCGAAUACGUGAGACGUACGCAAAACGACUUGAAAAAGAAGCCUAAACGAUUUUGGUCGUUUGUUAACGAGAAGCGUAAGCAGAGUGGACUCCCAUCUAAUAUGUUUCUUGAGGACCUGGUGUCUGCUAAUACUCAAACUACCUGUGACCUGUUCGCGAAACACUUUGCUAGUGUUUUCAGUCCUACCGUAGCUUCUGAUUUACAAAUUGACGACGCCAUGCGUAAUAUUCCCUAA